CGUGGCAGCUGUUUCAACAGAAGUGACAGGCUCUGGCAGAGUCAGAGAAUGAAAGUGUAAAAUUGUCGAAUUGUACGACUUUAUAGUUUUAUUGAAGUUGAUUUUUACAAAGUGCUCGUGAGUAAGUAUUAAGAGAAAUAAAUAAUGGAAGCUGAUAAUGAAAAUCGUAGCAGUGAGCAAACAUCGCCAAGUACAAAUUGGAAUGCUGUUAAGGUAUUUUUUAUGGAGAACAAGAUUGAUUCAUUACUAUGGAUGACAAGAAUGUUUACUGUGAUUAAUGUAAUCUGGUAUUUGAUACCAAUUUUUAGUCCUUUUGCAAGCCUUACAUGUUAUAAAAGAGCUCUGAUAUGUAAUGCUGCAGUCUCAGCUUUACGUCUUCAUCAAAGAAUACCGAAUUUUCAGUUCACAAGACAAUAUUUUGUCGAAUUAUUCCAAGAAGACAGUUGUCAUUAUCUGCUUUAUAGUUUGAUGUUUCUCUAUACAGCUAUUCCUGUCACCGCUGCACUCCUACCUAUAGGGAUAUUUGCUGUACUGCAUACUUUAUCAUUCAGUAAGAAGUUACUUGAUAUUUUAGGUACAGCUGCUGUCUUUCGAGUGGGAAUUCUUCGUUGGGCACGUAAUGGAAUAGAUAAAGUACAGACUAAUCAAAUUUCUUUACUUCGAAUGAUUGCAUCAACGGAGAUAAUGAUAAUGCUAUUGACAAUUGCUUUAGUUUUCAGUGGAACUGCUGGCCUGUUAUUACCGUUUAUGUAUUAUAAAUUUUUGACAUUUCGCUACGCCUCAAGGAGAAAUCCUUAUUCAAGACUUGUGUUUGGUGAAUUUAGAAUCAUGUUUCAACAAAUGGCUAUGAAUGCAAAAUGUCCUGGAUUUGUUCGUAAUUUAAUAUUCUCUUUUAUUCGUUUUAUAAGCAAUCUUGCUCCGCCUGUUGUUACCGCAAAUACUUAAAACAUCACUAUUUAUGCCAACAAUAUUAUUGGAAAUAAUGAAUCAAAUAAGCUUUGCGCAAUGAGUUACCUUUCUUGCAUAAACUUUUAAUGUUUAGAAUUCAUUGUACAUUGUACAUAUGAUUAAGUUAUAAUGAAUAAACUCAGGUCUACUACAAAA